AUGGCUCGACUCAGCUUCGUCGUCCUCGCCCUCUGCGCCGUCGUCGCGGCCGCCGCCGCACACCCGCCGCCGCCGCCUUCAAAUCGUGGCCCCCAGGGCGGCCCUCAGGGUCACCCCCAGGGUGGCCGGCCUCAGGGUCUCCCUCAUGGCGGCCGGCCUCAGGGUCUCCCUCAUGGCGGCCGGCCUCAGGGUCUCCCUCAUAGCGGCCGGCCUCAGGGUCUCCCUCAUGGCGGUCGGCCUCAGGGUCUCCCUCAUGGCGGUGGGCCUCAAGGUCUUCCUCAUGGCGGCCUUCCUCUGGGUCUCCCUCAUGGCGGCCGGCCUCAGGGUCUCCCUCAUGGCGGCCGGCCUCAGGGUCUCCCUCAUGGCGGCCUUUCUCAGGGUCUCCCUCAUGGCGGCCGGCCUCAGGGUCACCCCCAGGGUGGCCGGCCUCAGGGUCAACCCCUGGGCGGCCAGCCUCAAGGUCGCCCCCGGCGUGAAGCUAACGCCGCUCCUGCCCCGAAGCCCGUUGGCAUCAAGGGGUGGCUCAAGGCCAAGGAGGCAGAACUCAAGAACUGGGCCGUCAAGGAGGCCGGCCAGCUCAAGAAGGAGUGGAAGACCAAGCUGGUGCCCCACAUCGCCGCUCUCAAGAAAAAGCUCGGCGCCGAUUGGCAGAAGAACGCCCCCAAGAUCGUCUCGCUGCUCAAGGCGAAAGCUGGCGCCGCCUUCGACAAGGCCGUCAACUUCAUCAAUAAGAAACUUACGGCUUGAGUGAGGUUGAGGUUUCAAGCGCGCAACGCACAGCUAGGGUGCCAAUAAGGCUGCAAUAAAAAUGCCUUGCCUGUG